UCAGCACGCCCGCCGCUGCAGCAGCAUCAGCUCUCUCGUAUUGACAAGGUGGUGUCAGUUGCCACGUGUGCCAAGUGUUGGCCAGCAAUGGCGCACACGAUCCCGGGGAAUCGUAACGAGCAGCCGGUCGAGGGGUAUGCGCGUCUGCCUUUGCCUUGGUGACAUGUUGCGGUCGUCUCGGCAACCAUUUACUGGGACGGAUCAUGUUUGCUUUGCUUUUGUUCCAUGCUGAAUAUUUUAGUCGGUGGUUGUUAAGAGUUAGAUGGAUGCUGAAACAAGAAAAUGCAGAAGGACAGAAGCCUUUCCUGGGAUAGGAGGGAAGGUGAAGAAAUCUCCUGAGCUUUGGACCUUUUUGAAACAGCAACUAGGACCCAUUGUUUUUUUUUUUUUUUUUUGUAUUGGUGAUGCAGAAUUAAAGGGACUUUCCCCUCUGAGCUGCCAGAGGACGAGGAGAGAGAGAGAGAGGGGCCUGCAUGCAUUCGUUCGUUCAUGUACUCUCCAUGCCAGUGCUAGUCAGCUGCUCUCACUGUUUACCCUAUUUGUUUAAAAAGCUGAAAUGAUCUGACGGCACUGGCUUCGCGAUUUAAAAGCCUGAGCAACGGGGGAAGAGAACUCAUCGGGGUGGGAGGGGAGAGAGAGAGAAGACCGCCCCAGCAUGCCCGGCCUGCCUAGUGCCAUCCGCCAGGAGAGGCUUAAAAAGACAGGUGGGCGCCUUGCGUCUCCGGGGUUGUUCACCAUUAACGAAGAGGACGAGCAGCAGAGGAAUGGAGGCUGCAGGAAGACCAAGGGAUCAGAAACUCAGCCUAAAGCAGAUGAGAAGAUUUCCUUGGCACCCCAUCGCCCUGCGUCAGGACAUAGUCCCACUUCCACCAACAAAAAUGAAACGCUACUGGUGAAGGUAGACGAAAGGCAAAGGCUGGCCAGAGAACGCAGAGAACAACGAGAAAAACAACUUGCUGCUCGAGAGUCUGCCUUGUUAGAAAGAGAAGAAAGGGCAAAGCAGUACUACGAAAAGCACCUUGAGGAGAGGAAGAAAAAAUUAGAAGAGCAGCGACUCAAAGAAGAAAGACGCCGUGCUGCUGUGGAAGAAAAACGCAGACAGAAGCUUGAAGAAGAAAAGGAACGUCAUGAAGCUGUUGUUCGGCGAACAAUUGAAAGAAGUCAGAAAGCCAAACAGAAACCUAACAGGUGGUCAUGGGGUGGGCCUCUUCAGAGUAGCCUCAGCUAUUCAAGUGAUGCAGACAGGAGAUCGGUCUCCACCGUGAACCUUUCAAAGCAUGUCGAUCCUGUCAUUAACAAGCGGCUCUCCUCCUCAUCUGCAACAUUAUUAAACUCUUCAGACAGAGCUCUGCAGAAAAGGAUUUCAGCUUAUGACCGACUUCAUCUGCAUCCUCCUAGCAGAGUCAAGUCCUCACAAGAUCUACGGCAAAAUGUUUCAAGGGGAUAUAAGUCUCGUCGCCUGCAGCUCACUCCCUGGGAAAGCAAUAUUGUCAGCCGGCUGCUGACGCCAACUCAUUCCUACCUGGCGAGAAGUAAGAGUGCUGCAUCCUUGUCCGGGGAAUCAGUUAUCCCCAUUUGUCCCCGUUCAGCAUCUUGCAGUCCUUUGACUUCAGCAUCAUUCAAACCUACGCGGUACAGAAGUUCAGAGCGACCAAAGGUGAUUUCUUCAAACUAUGAACUCUCUGGACAUAGAAGAAGUGGGCCUUCACUGUCUGUUAAUAAAAAUGACAAAGAAAAUGAGAAAGAAAGGAAAAGUUUAUCCAGUCUGACGGGGAGGUCAGCAGUGAAGAGAUCGCAGUCACCUGGAGUCAAAAGCAGAGCAAAGUCAUCCUCUCCAGUGAGGAGAACCACACCUCACAAAGCUACCCGGUCUGCCAACCCAAGACAAAUUAAAUCCCCUGCCAAGUCUGCAGAAGACUCCCCAAGUCAUAGUCGGCCCAUUUCUCCUGGUAAUAUUAGGCCGGGAAGAACUGAGCCGAUUAUGGGCCAUGAUGAUGAAGAAGAAGAUGAUCAGACACCUGAUGAUCUGCAGCUUUCGAGAGAACCAAAGCAGGAGCUGCGGUCUUUACCUGUGGAGGGAACAAGUAAAUCUGAAUUUGCUGAAGGAGGAGGAGGAGAGUCCACACCAGCUGUUUCUCAAUCUGCAACUUCAACUUCUUCCUUAGUCCAUCCUGGUGUAGUCGGCAAACCUUCAGCUGGCACAACUGACCCCGAAGAGGCCACAAGACUGCUGGCUGAAAAGAGACGUCAGGCACGGGAACAGAGAGAGCGGGAGGAACAAGAACGAAGGGAAAAAGAGGAGGCUGAAAGGAACAGAAGAGAAGAGCUACAGCGAAUUAAAGUAGAUGCCAAUGCUAAUGAGAUGGGGGAAGAGCCGUGGCAAAGAGAAGAAAUUAAAAGAACUGAAGCAGAAGAAAAGAUGAAUGAGGAAAGACAGCGGCAGCUUGAAGAAGACAGACAGAGGCAAAAGGAGGAGGAGGAGGAGAUGGCAAAACUUCAAAAACAGAAAGAAGAAGAAGAAGCCCGCCACCGCCAAGAGGCUGAGAGGCUGCGCCAGGAACGCGAGAGGCACUUCCUGAAAGAAGAACAAGAGCGUCUGGAAAGAAAAAAGCGCCUAGAAGAAAUAAUGAAGAGAACAAGAAAACCAGAAACAGGUGAAAAGAAGCCGGUUACACAAAGAAAUGGAGAGAUAACUCAACAAAGCAAAGCUGAAGUAACAGAGGCGAAAUCCGCAUUUGUAUCAGAGCAUCGGCAAAAUGAAGAAAGUACCCAGCAAGCUUCAGGCAGCGGCUUACACGGCCUCCCUGACGUCUCUGGUCAAGUUGUGGCAGCUGGAGAAAGUGAUAAUUCUAAAACUGAAAAUCAACCAAAAGAAAAUGGAAUCCCCAUGGAGGAUGACCAGUUUGAGGAGGUCAUCAGUUUAUCCGCCGAAGUAAAGCCGUCAAAGCUCGACGUAGCCAGGGAAGGAGAUGGCAAUGUUGGCACAAUAAUUCCUGUAAUUGCCUUUACAGAAAACGGGUCUCUUGGGACGUUAACAAAUGUGGAUGGCGUUCAGUCACCUCAAACGACAGAGGUUAUCUAAGGUUAAUCCCCAGAAAGCAGCAACUUUUGUGUUCCCGAUGUCCGAGGAGAAACGUGCGGCAUGAACAAAGGAAAAGUACAAACACUGAAUAUAACAAUUAUAAAAGACAUUACAAACAAGUUAGAUAACCAGAAGCCUUUUCCAUUAGAAGACCAACUAAUGUCCCUUGCUUUACUCGAUCACUGUGUAUGCAUCGUGGAUUUUGUCCUCUUUGUUUUCUUGACCCAUUUCCAGAAUUUUCACCCCAAUUGCUGUGUGUUUUUUUUUUCUCCCCACCUGUAUCUUUAAAAUAGAAAACAGAUUUAAUGGUGCAAUGGUAAGUGCGAGACUGUUGCGUCAGGGGUCAUCGACUCUCCUCGAAUGAACUUGAUACUUGAAGAAUCCUCGUUAAUUUCCGUGAAGAAGUCCUCGAGGUUGAUUUUUUUUUUUUUAAGCCAUUUUGGUUUAAACAUUCUGAGCAGCUUAACUCUAAUAAAGAAGAGAUUUGGAUUUUUUUCCUGCAGUAAACGAGUCUGUAAAGUAAUGUUUGUUUGUUUUUUGGGGGGUUGGAAUUUUGAAUUUCAUGUACAGAAAGUGCAAAUAUAGGAAAAAAUACUAUUUUGAAUUCUUAAAUAUACUGUAUGCUCUCCCUUGAAGUAUUUUGUCAAAGCAGCUUCUAAAUGUAUUCAUUCUAUUGAAGUACCACAGAGUAUCAUUGUUGAAUUUUUAAGUACGGUAAUAUAACGCGGUGACUCGAUACCCUAAAGUAGAUGACAAUAUCAUUUCUUACAGUAUAUUUGCUGCUACUGUGAAACAUUUCCUUUGCCUUAUCUGAUCAGGAAAGCAAGCGAGAAGGUGACGAGUUUGGACGUCUUGUUGCGAAUGCUCGUUUCAGAGCAGGAUGCGUUAAUCUGCUGAUAAAUGACGUUUAAAAAUGCAUUCCUAAAAUGUGACGUUUUAGGCUUUGUGUAAGAAACACUUGAAUUGUGUACUUUUUAUUUUUUUUUUUCUAGCUGCUGCUGAGUAUGGUUCUCAAAGCUUUGCACUUUUAAGCAGUUCUCCCGGGAAUUGUUUAAAUACUCUUGAAAUUCCAAUCGAUGGUACAGAAAGGCGUUUGCAAGACAACUGCCUGGGAUAAUGUUGACUUUUGAAAUACUAAAGUAAAACUUUUUAUGCAGGGAUCUUUUAAUAAUAAAAUAUCUCUAUUUAAAUGAUUUAUCAAUAGCAUUAAAAUAUCUAAAAAGGUUGUAUAUUUUAAUAUAAUUCCUGAAAUUAAACAACAAAGCUUUGGAAACUGAGAAGGACGCCUCGGCCCUUCUGAUGACGAGAACUGUGGCGGUUUGUAUUCAGAGGUGAGCUGCCGUAGUUCUGUGCUCAUCGGGCUCUGUCUCUGUUCCUUUAGAUUGAACUGUUGUCCGUGUAUAUAGCAACUGUACUGUAUUUAAUAAGGAGGAAGAAGAUGUUCAACUGUUCCAGAAAAUCUGUAUAGCAUGUAAAAAUAAAUUUUCUUUGAAAAAA